CCCGCCCGCCUUGUCCGUCGGUCGCGCCGCCUGAGCCUGUCUAGAGCCUGGACGGGAUGGAGUGACCCACCGGCAGCCCGGAAGUCCAGUCCCGCCGUCGCCUGCCUGGGGCCCAUGCGGCCCCCUCAGAGACCAUGGGGUCCCGCGUUAAGCAAAACCCGGAAACAACUUUUGAAGUCUACGUUGAAGUGACCUAUCCGCCGGUAGCAGGAACAGAUCCUGAGGUGCGGAGGCAAUUCCCAGAGGACUACAGUGACCAGGAAAUUCUACAGACCCUGACCAAGUUCUGCUUCCCCUUCUAUGUGGACAGCCUCACAGUUGGCCAAGUUGGCCAGAACUUCACUUUUGUGCUCACAGACAUUGACAGCAAGCAGAGGUUUGGAUUCUGCCGCUUAUCAUCAGGGGCCAAGACCUGCUUCUGUAUCUUAAGUUAUCUCCCAUGGUUUGAAGUCUUUUAUAAGCUGCUGAACAUCUUGGCAGACUAUACAGCAAAAGGCCAGGACAGCCAAUGGUAUGAACUCCUAGAAACACUUUACAAGCUACCCGUCCCCGAGCCGGCCACAUCUGUUCAUCUCAGCGUGCACUCUUACUUUACUGUGCCUGACAUCAGAGAACUUCCCAGCAUACCUGAAAAUAGAAAUUUGACUGAGUAUUUUGUAGCGGUGGAUGUGAACAACAUGCUGCAUCUCUACGCCAGUAUGCUGUAUGAACGCCGGAUCCUCAUUUGCUGCAGCAAGCUGAGCACUUUAACGGCCUGUAUCCACGGCUCUGCAGCUAUGCUUUACCCAAUGUUUUGGCAACACGUUUACAUCCCUGUUCUGCCCCCGCACCUCUUGGACUACUGCUGUGCUCCAAUGCCCUACCUCAUAGGAAUACAUUUAAGUCUGAUGGAGAAAGUUAGAAAUAUGGCCCUGGAAGACGUAGUCAUCCUUAACGUUGACACGAACACACUGGAAACGCCCUUCGACGACCUUCAAAGCCUUCCAAAUGAUGUGGUCUCUGCACUGAAGGGUAGGUUGAAGAAAGUCUCCAUGACCACUGGAGAUGGUGUAGCAAGAGCAUUCCUCAAGGCCCAAGCCGCUUUUUUCGGGAGCUACAGAAACGCGCUGAAGAUUGAGCCUGGGGAGCCCAUCACCUUCUGCGAAGACACGUUUGUCUCCCACCGGUCUGCCGCCAUGCGACAGUUCCUGCAGAACGCCAUCCAGCUGCAGCUUUUCAAGCAGUUUAUUGACGGCCGCCUUGAUCUUCUCAACUCUGGAGAAGGCUUCAGCGAUGUCUUUGAGGAAGAGAUCAACAUGGGAGAAUACGCAGGUAGUGACAAGCUGUACCAUCAAUGGCUGUCGACGGUCAGGAAAGGAAGUGGUGCCAUCUUGAAUACGGUCAAGACCAAAGCAAACCCUGCCAUGAAGACAGUCUACAAGUUUGCAAAAGAUCAUGCAAAAAUGGGAAUAAAGGAGGUGAAAAACCGCUUGAAGCAAAAGGACAUCGCCGAGAAUGGCUGCUCCACAGUGCCAGAAGACUCCGUACCGCGGGGAGCUCCUUCCCCCCUGGCUGAAAAGAGAGACCCGAAGCCCCGAGAGGAUAGGCGGCCAAUCACUGUGCACUUUGGACAGCAAAGCACCCGGCCGGCGAGACCACCACCUCCCAAGAUCCACCGCUCCUCCAGGCCCGUUCGGCCUCCGAGACCCCACGUUGCCAGGAGGCCCAAGAGCAACGUCGCCAUCGAUGGACGAAGGACCUCUGUCUCCAGUCCAGAGCACUUGGUAAAGCCCACGCGCCACUAUACGGUCUUUCUCUCGGAGGACUCUUCCGGCGAUGAGUUUCCUCAGGAAGACGACCCUGGCUCUGCCUUCUCUGACAGCUUCCUCUUCUCUGCUCCCUUUGAAUGGCCUCAGCCUUACCGUGCCCUGAAGGAGUCUGACAGCGCAGAUGGAGAGGAAGGCGUCAGCCUUGGGAAGCCCCAAGACUCCGGCCACACUGACCCCCUCACACCAGACAGCCCUGCAGAAAUCAGCCUUCUGGAAGACCUUUUCACAGGACUGGAGAUAGAGUCACAGCCUCAGCCACUGAGCCAAGCCAAGAGCUUAGAAGACUUGAGGAUUCCCAAAGAACCAGGGGACCAGCAGCGCAACUUUGACUACCAGAGGAUGGAUCCUGGCUUCUCUGAAAAGAGCUGGGCUGCCCCUGGGAUAAGGCUUUCUCACCCCUACAAGCAGCUGUGGGGCUUGGGCCAUGACGACAUGGCCAUUCCCAACAAGUACUCCCAAAGCUCCCCAGAGAGGCCCUUGACUCCUCUUGGGAAUGCGCCCGCCGUCCCGUGGAGGCCUCGAAGCAGAGACAGCAUCCUGGAUUUCGUGGAGGAGGACGUUGGGAGCUCCCCUAUCACUCAAGGGAGCAUAACUAUCCCGCGGCCGCAAGGCCGGAAGACACCAGAGCUGGGUAUCGUCCCACCACCGCCAGCGCCCAGACCUGCCAAGCAGCAGGCACCACCUGAAACUGCCCCUUGCCCUGCAGGGCGCAGCGACCUGGCCUCGGAGAUCAUGCAGGAGGCUUUUGCGGCCGGAAACAUCUCACUGGAGCCUGAAUUCAGGCAGCCUGAGAGUUUUGCCGCUCACCAAGCCCAGCUUUUGUCCAACACCAGCAGUGCCACAGAAAUGCUGCAGCCGGUCAGAGUCAACCUGGAGGGUGGGAACAGUGACAGUGACUUUCUGCUUGCCCUCCUCGAUCCCUUGAAAGCAGGGAGCGGUCAGGAUGCCAGCUUUCAGCCAAGUACCGGAAGCCUGCUGGGAUCUGUGUCACCCAGCCCUGGCACUGGCUUCCCCUCCACAGCAGGUGACCUCAUGCCCCCCACGUCAGCACCGUUUGGUCGGCCUCUGGGAUACCCCCCCUCUGCGACGCCAUUUGUGCAGGCCUCCCUCAACCCGUUUGUGCAGCCGAUGGCGACGCCUGUGCCGCUAUCGCUGGUCAGGCCUCCCGGCAGCCCCUUUGCCGCCGCCGCCUCCCUCGGCCACGCUUACAGCUCCAGCUUCAUCACCUCGAAUUCCAGCUUCUGCCAGCCGCAGCGGCCUCCCCCAAACCCUCUGACGCUCUCCAUGCCUAACCUCUUUGCUCAGCCUCCGGCGGCCCCGCCACAGAGCCAGCCCCCCUCCCAAAGCCACGGCCUGCGGCCAGCGCAGCGUUGCGGCCCUUCUAAAAUCCGGACCCUGCCUCUGGCUCAUUCUGCCUCCAAGAUGGAGGCCAAGGCGAGGCUGGCUGCCAGGCCCAGCAACCUCCUGCUAGUUCCCCCCAAGGCCAAAGCUGUAGAGUCCAUGUUACACCCUUCCAAAACUCAGGCGGCUAAAGACCCCUUUGAAGACUUGUUAAAUAAGACCAAGCAGGAGGUUUCGGUCACGCCGGGCAAAGUAGAGCAGCUGAGAAGGCAGUGGGAAACAUUUGAGUGACUCCUCCCGUGGCUAGGGGCGUUCUUGAUUCCUUUCCCAGGUGCGUGUUGGACCUGUGCAAAACCCCGGGACUCCACUAGAACGUGCUGUGAGAUGGGGCUGCCCCACCGGCACCCUUUUCCAUCGUCGGCUGUCACCUUUUAACCUACGCAGCAGCCGAAAAUAUGAUUUGGGGGGAGAUGAGUUAUAUCCCCACUCUUCCCAAUUUCCUCAAGACAACUACUGAAUUUGGAGGGUGCUCAGCUGCUCCCCAGGUCUUUCCCUGCCCCUCGUUGCAUUCCGACGAUCACGCCCCGCACUGCCCCCUUCCGCCCCCUAUCCAAGGUGAGGAUUCACUUCCUCACCAAUGUGAUCAGUAUUGAAUCUUGCGUUUUCACAGGCUGCAAAUCACGUUUUGCUUUCACAUGUAAACGCAGCGCACAAGCCCUGCACUUGGGCGGAGUUAAUCGCGGGGCUUUAAGCUCCACGUCUUUCUGUUACUGGCUUCUCUGUCCUAGAGGUGCACUUCUCAUUCAGCGGAUGUGCAGCUCCACGAACUCCCCCUCCCCGUCCCUCCACCCUUUGCACGCAACAGGGGUGCUGGUGGCGGCGGUGUCCUUUCGCUAUGGGCCCCCUUUCAUGUCCGGGGUUCAGUGUUCACAUUGGAGCAUUGCCAAGAGGGCAAAGUGCCCUGUCGAACCCCUCAGAAAAUUGGAAUCGCCAGCAGUGGACCUUUUUAGAGCAACAUACAGGCUGCCCCUAUCACGGUUCCCCAAAUUUUUCUGUAACUGUGUUAAUAUUAUUAUAUAUAAAUAUAUAUAAAUAUAUAAAAGUGUUACUAGGUGGCAGUACUGCAACUAGAUGUGAUAGUACCUGAUUUUAUUACCAAAAAAGAGAGAGGGCACAAGGUAUAAAGCACCCUUCCCCCCGAAACUGGUGUCCUCUCACUAUAUUGGGACUAUAACUUCCAUCAUUCCCAUGUCUGGGGAUGAUGGAAGUUGUAUUCCAACACAGCCAGAGGGCACCAGGUUGGGAAACGCUGGUACAAAGCGCUCCAAAAUAUGAGCUGCAUCAAAGCCAGGUUGGCAGAACAGAAGCGUGCAGGUCAGGAUCCCAGGCGUGGGUCCUUCCGAGGGAGUUUUGAGCCUGGCUCUGGGCCGUCUGCCAUUGGCAUUUGUUACUGAAGAGCAUCAAGAAGCCAACCUGAGUCCUUCCUUCUUGUCAGCCCUCCUGCUGGACUCCAAAUCGAUCUGUCCGGACUGCAGUGAAACAAGUUAGGUCAUCGCCUGAAAGCCACGAAAGAAUAAAGGACCCUUUUACCUCUAGCUUCUUGUAGCCCUGGAAAUGUCAACAUUUAGGUCAACAGCCUUUCUCAGUUGGUCACUUAAGGUUUGGAGGAUUUUAAAAACUGGCCUUUUUUUUUUAAAAAAAAAUGACAUUACUUUGGGGCAGUAGUUAGGCUGGUCAUCGGUCUGUAUACGCAAGAGAUCACCCUGCAAACACGCGCGGGAAGCCGGCCCCUCCUUGCCGCCUCUUUUUCUUUCCACUGUGUUUUGGUUUGGUUUCUGUGACCUCCUUGAAGUUCCCUUCCUGCUGCUGACGUGUCAUUUAGGCUUCCGACUCCAUGCUUGAGCCUGUACAGUGCAAGAACACACUUGAUUCCUCCGGAUGCAGUCAGUCGGGGGACACCUCUUGGCAUCGUGUUCGCAUCAUCACACAUCUGUCAAGUACUGUUGCUUUUACAAGGCGUAUUCUCUCUGUUUUGUAUUAUCUCUUUUUUGCUGGGAAAAAAAGAUGUUUUUGAUAUUGCCUAGUUCUGAAUAGUAAAAAAUGUAAAGUCCACCAAA